GGAGGCCUCAGCAGCCGCCGUUUGUGUGGUCGAUGAUGCGUCACAGUUGGCGAAGGUGCGUACGGUGCGGAAGGAGUUGCCACUAUUGCGUGCUGUUAUCCUCUUGCAAGACUCUUUCGAGGAAGAUUUGACGGUGAAUGAGGGCUAUUAUCUGUGGUCGCAACUGAUGGCAUUGACAUUUGAUCAAAACUUGCGCGAGCAACUGCUGCGUAAGGAGCUGCAGGUGUCGGCGAAUCAAUGCGCGAUACUCAUUUUCACGUCCGGCACAACGGGGUUUCCGAAGGCAGUCAUGCUUUCCCACGACGCCAUCAUAUCAAAUAUUAAAUACUGUUAUGCAACUAUUGGACCUUUUCGGAGGGAGCCAGGUGCCACCAUGUCCUAUCUGCCGCUCAAUCACGUUGCCGCACAACUCUUCGAGGUGCUGAUGCCUUUGCUGUGCGGUGAUUGCGUGCACUUCGCGGAUCGGGAUGCGCUCAAAGGAACAUUGGUGAGAAAUUUACGAAUUGCGCAGCCAACACGAAUAUUUGGCGUACCACGAGUCUACGAGAAACUACAAGAGCAACUCUUGGCAGCCGAAGCGAACUCCUCGUUCUUGUGGCGCAUGAUCUUACGGUGGGCCAAGAGGACAUUACUGAAGAGCUACUUGUGUAAUGCAGAGGGCAUAGAACCAAAAAGAAACAUCAGUUACAUAUGCGCUUCAUGGAUCAUGCGUCAGUUUAAAGCACAGCUUGGCCUUGCUCAGUGCGCUUACUUAUGGGCUGGCGGUGCCCCCUUGUCGGUACAAACGAAAAGAUUCUUCCUCAGCAUGGACAUACCGGUCGCUGACAUGUUUGGUGCCUCGGAGGCAGGUGGCGCGGUGACAGUGACACGCAGCUAUUGCCAUUUGGACAGCAGUGGUAAAGUACUUUUAGGAUUUGAAUCCAAGAUUUAUAAGCCGAAUAAACAAGGACAGGGAGAGAUUUGUCUGCGCGGACGCUGCACAAUGAUGGGUUACCUAAAUGAUGUGGAGAAGACCCACGAGGGUAUUGACUCACUUGGUUGGUUGCACACUGGUGAUGUGGGUCGCUUAAGUGCUGAUGGUUGUCUACAUAUUACCGGGCGCAUAAAGGAUAUAGUGAUUACUGCAGGCGGUGAGAAUAUAGCGCCUAUUUACAUCGAGAACCUCAUCAAAGCCGAACUCCCUUAUAUUAGUAAUGCUCUGGUGGUGGGCGAUAGGCGUAAAUAUCUGAUUGUGCUGCUGACACUGAAAACCAACAUCGAUCGCGCCACUGGCUUACCGCUUGACACACUACAUUUGGAUACCAUCUCUUGGUUGAACUCGCUCGGCAUCCAUCAUACUUGUUUGUCGGAAGUUCUAAAUAUACCUGCCUAUACACCUGACUAUGACUACAAGAGAUUAAUUAUUAAGCCGGAUCGAAGAGUGCUUGAAGCUGUAGAGAGCGGCUUGAAUCGUGCCAACAGAAAUGCUCUCUCGCAUGCGCAAAGAGUGCAGAAAUUUGCAAUAUUGCCUCAUGACUUUACAGUGCCCACAGGCGAGUUAGGUCCAACUCUGAAGUCUCGACGUGCUUUUAUUUGUGAGAAAUAUGCAGAUGUAAUUGAACAAUUGUAUAAUUCAGAGAAUUGAUUGUUAUUAAUUACUACUAAUGGUACUAAAGAAAGAAUAAAUUGGUAUUAAAAGGCG